CGAGUAUGUGACAGGCUUCUCGCGGUGAUCCCGCUAGUUCCUUCGAUCUACUUGGUGCCAAGCAACCUGAACUAGGCUACGCCUUGUUCGCCGAACGGACCUAGACAGCAACGAGCUUAUACCUUGCCCGUUUGUGUCGCUUUACCUUUACACUUAUUGUCUUCACCGGAACAAUCGCGCCUCUGUAAACUGGAACUAGGCAUUCAGCUACAACCGAUCCUCUCCAUACUGGGCGCGCUUUUGCCAUGACGCCGUCCUCCUGACAUCAUCUCGGACAAUCUUCAAAAGCACUGCCCGAAAUCCCUCUCGCCGGCAAUGCGGCUACCCGGGUUGCCAGCUUUUAUAUGCAUGUUGGCUGCCAUAUGGCUGGUUAGUGCAGCAGAGCUCAGGGUCUCGCCGCAUGACAGCUUGCCGAAAGCGCGCCAUUCGCGCAACCUCGCCUCCAGGCAUAGGCGUUUACUAGCCCAGAAGUCUGUUACGGCUUCCACCAAUAGCAUUAAGGAGCAGCAGCCGGAUUUUCUGGUGGACACGGACGGCUCAGACACCCGCAACGGUGCUCGCUCCUUAAUUGACUCCUGGAACGACUUCUUCUGGAACCCGGAUUUUUCUGGAGUACAUUUACCACCUCCGCCUCCAACGCAAUCUCCUCCACCACCUCCAAGGUCGCGAGUCCCACCGCCUUUACCUCCUCCACCACGCUUGCCGCCUCCUUCCCGGUCGCCUCCUCCGCCCCCGUCGCCACCCCCACCUCGACUGCCUCCCCCGCCCCGAUUGCCGCCCAAAGUCCCUCCUCCCCCGCCUCCGUCAGUCCCGCCCCCCUCGCCACGCCCCCCUCCACCGGCAACAGGCACUCCCCGAAAUCGCAGGAGCCCCCCGCCUCCUCCACCCCAGUUUCCACCCGAUGUGCCAGACUCCCCAUCCCCUCCGAGCCCCCCGGAACUACCUUCAACGCCCCUCCCCUCACCUCCGUCCCCCCCAUUAGCGCCCCCGUCGCCGCCCCUACCGCCCCCGUCACCUCCUUUGCCGCCUCGACCUCCGCCUUCUCCACCUGCACCACCCGCGCCUCCGUCGCCUAAUCCCUCUCCACCCCCUCCCCCGCCACGCCCUCCACGCCCACCCCGACCCCCACCUUCACCGCCGACCCCACCUGCACCGCCCGCGCCUCCCUCCCCACCUUCAGUACCCCCAUCGCCUUCCCCACCUUCUUCCCCACCGUCAGUUCCCUCAUCCCCACCCGCGCCUCCUUGCCCACCCUCACCACCUCCUUCACCGCCCUCCCCACUUCCACCACCCCCGUCGCCACCAACGCCUCCCUCUCCUCCAUCCCCGCCUCCCGCACCUCCUACCUCGCCCGCACCUCCUUCCUCACCCUCACCGCCUUCCUCACCCUUCCCACCUGACGUGCCCAUGCCACCCGACCUACCGCCACCACCACCUCCACUGCUGCCCUCGCCACCUCCGCCAAAGCUUCUACCACCGUCGCCGCGGCCCCCGCCUCUACCCAAACCGCCUCCUGUGAGGCGCUCCACCAGCAGCAGCAUAGAUGCCGGCAAGGAGGCUCCACCCCCGGUGCGGUCCCCGUCGCCCCCGCCACCCCCGUCGCCGCCGCCGCCAUCACCACCACCACCGCCGCCGCCACCCUCCCCACGCCCUAGCCCUCCACCAUCAAUUCCUCCGCCGCCUGCGCCCUACUGGUCUGGUUCCUCUCUCGUGAACCCCACGCUGAUGAUGAACGCUCACAACUAUUAUCGCAUGCAAUCCGGAGUUCCCAACAUGACCUGGGAUAACUCGCUGGCGCAUUCCGCCCAGUCGUAUGCGGACAAGUGCGUGUUUGAACACUCGACCCUGUUUAUGGGAGAAAACCUUGGUGGGGGUCUGUACGAGACUCCCCAGGAGGUAACGAUUCCGGUAGCCCGUUGGGCUAACGAGAUUUGCGCCUACGACUUCAAUAACCCCGGAUUUACGGCCGGACACUACACAGCAUUGGUCUGGAAGGACUCGACCCACAUGGGGUGCGGAUACCGGAUAUGCAAGGACCCCGAUGACACCAUUUGGGGCAUGCUGGUUUGCCAUUAUUUCCCGCCAGGGAACAUUGUUGGUGCAGAUUGGAAGCAGCAAGUUAUUCCCCCGAAGGUGAUUCCCACUUCUUGUCCCCCAGUUCAGGCGUCUUGGGGCUAAUGGCUAAUGGUUCAUUGAAAUUUUGGGAGGCAGUCAUAUCCCACCUAUAGCUUAGCCAUAGAUUCUAGGAUAGAUCUCUAGCGGUUACGAUUGCAAUAUAGGGAGAGGUUUCAUUAGUCGUUAGUACUAUUGACCUUUGCGUGUCUCAGUUCUACGAUACCGUACGGCACGUGCUGUGAACUUGAUGAAAUAGGAGAUUUAACAUUACUGCAGUUUACUGGGCAGCUUUGGCAAACAGGACACAAAUCGCCGGUCCAUUGGUUAGGUUGUGGUAGGGGGCACUGUCUGUCUCCACUCUCAAUUAGCGCUGGGGAUGCCUUCGAGGCUCGUGAUCAUAUUGACGUGGGUGUGAUGAUAUGACUGAAGAACGCCAUCAUGUUUUAGCGUGUUUGUCGAGUUCUGACUUUUUGACGCGGGAUGACACAGGUGUGGAAGAGUAUGAUGACGUGCCUUCCCAAGCUUGCAUUUCUCACGUGCGAGUUACAUCACUGCCAGAUGCAGAGGUGUAUAGGAACGUGGAAACAGCGUGCGAUAAACCUAUAGUGACAUGCACACGCGUGAACCAGCAAGGCUGGUGAUUGUAUUAUUCGGUACGUUUUGGUGUAUGUCGAUUGCAUUAUGAUCUUGUGUCUAUGUGUUUUCUUCUUCGUCUGCGUGCGGUUUGACGCCCCUUCGAAUCAUCGGGUUGGAACCAGUAUCACCUAACAUUGUCCAAGGGUGAAGCAUGUCGGGUGGUUUACGGUCGCACAACAGCGGCACGGAUGGCGUGAGUUAUGGUGAGCCGAAGAAUCGUGGUCAGGAAGUGUGCAUUGUUUUCGUGUAUCAGCGUAAAACCCUUUUGCCGAGAGAGUUGCAAUGAAUAAUUGGCAUUGUCACUUAUUUAAGAGCUGCAGCCAUCAGGGCAGGUGCAGGCGUGCUGUCAGCACCCUACGCCCUGUGUGGUUGCAUGCGGAAUUAGAGUUGUAGGAUAUAGCUUUGCCCUCUCAAUGGCCUUGUAAGAUGUUACAGUUAAAGUCUGUACGCGUGUACAGUGUGUGCGUACGAGCCAGGGGUGCGAAACGAAGUUAGUCUGGGUCAGGGUCCCCUACAGGCCUCCGUUCAGGGGCUCUGCGCAGGUGGUUUCUGACAAACAUGCGGG